UUCACAAAUAAACAAAACAAGAGGAAAGAGAAGACCUUCCUUUCUUUCUCUCUCUCUCUCUCUCUUCUCCGAUCCCCAAAACGCAGGAAAACAAUGUCGUUUAACAACAGCUCUCACCUCCUUCCUCCACAAGAAGACCUUCCUCUCCGACACUUCUCCGACCAAUCAAACCAACCUCCACCGCCGCAGCAGCAGCAGCGUCACUUCUCUGAAACACCUUCGCUCGUCACCGCCAGUUUCCUCAACCACCCUUCCACCCUAGCCACGACUGAGUCCGAUCUCGCUCCUCCGUACCGCAACGGAGACAAUUCCGCUUCCGAUGCUAACCCACUGUGGCUCUCUUUUCAUACGGAGAUCCAAAACGCCGAAGAAGUCCGUUCUGAAGUCAUCGACGGGGUCAACGCCGACGGUGAAACGAUACUCGGUGUUGUUGGAGGUGAAGAUUGGCGGAGCGCUAGCUAUAAGGCUGCGAUUUUGAGACAUCCGAUGUAUGAGCAGCUUCUUGCGGCUCAUGUGGCUUGCCUUAGGGUUGCUACUCCCGUUGACCAGAUUCCGAGGAUCGAUGCUCAGCUCAGUCAGUUGCAUACCGUCGCCGACAAGUACUCCACUCUUGGUGUGGUUGUGGACAACAAGGAACUUGAUCAUUUCAUGUCACAUUAUGUUGUGUUGUUAUGUUCAUUCAAAGAACAACUCCAGCACCACGUUUGUGUCCAUGCAAUGGAAGCUAUUACUGCUUGUUGGGAGAUCGAACAAUCACUGCAAUCCCUAACUGGAGUUUCUCCAAGUGAAAGUAAUGGCAAGACAAUGUCGGAUGAUGAAGAUGAUAAUCAAGUAGAUAGCGAGGUCAACAUGUUUGAUGGAAGUUUGGACGGUUCAGAUUGCUUGAUGGGGUUUGGUCCUCUUGUUCCUACCGAACGAGAGAGAUCCUUGAUGGAACGUGUGAAGAAAGAACUGAAGCAUGAGCUUAAACAGGGUUUCAAAGAGAAGAUUGUGGACAUAAGAGAAGAGAUCAUGAGGAAGAGAAGAGCGGGGAAGCUGCCUGGAGAUACAACUUCUGUACUCAAAGAGUGGUGGCGUACUCACUCAAAAUGGCCAUACCCAACUGAGGAAGAUAAGGCAAAACUGGUACAAGAAACCGGUUUGCAGUUGAAACAAAUCAACAAUUGGUUCAUCAACCAGAGGAAAAGAAACUGGAACAGCAAUACUUCCACAUCAUCUACUCUUUCCAAGAACAAACGCAAACGGACCGACAAGUCGUAGGUGAAAUAGCAACUAACGAGAGGAUGGUUCUGUCUUCUUUGCCAUGUGAAUUCAAGUGAACCAGAAAUGAAAGACACAGUUUCUCCUCCGGUUCUACGAUCGUACAGAUUGUGUUUAGUAUAGGUGGUACCGGUUUGCCUAUAAAACCGGAUUCUAGAAUCUGAAUUGCUUGUUGUAGCGGCUUAUUAAUACUGUAUGUGUUUUAUUUUAUAUAUGUGUACAUAAAGUAGUUUAUGGAAGGGAACAGAUCUGUAUUGUUUUGGUUUGUGAGCUUUUAUAUGUAAAGUGCCAAUAUGGUUCGUAAUUUCGUAUGUAAUGUAUCAAGCUGUAUUCAUCAUUAUUAAAACUACACUAGCUUGAAAUGUACUCUA